AUGAGAGUUCAAUCAAAGCCUGAAUCUCUGUGGUCACAUAGCAACGAAAUGUUACUCGUUCCAAAUCGUUACGUUAGAAUGGUUGGGAUUAGUUUACAAACAGGCACCUUAUUUUUAUUACAAUGUUUCUGGAAUUAUCUUUCUAAUUCAAUUGCGAAAACUUCGUUGAUGACAAGUUUUGAAUUUAAAUUUUACGUUGCCUGGGGAAUAAUAUCCGUGAUUUUAUAUCCAGUACUUCAAAUUAUUUUUAGAAACAAUGUCAUAUUAAGAGAGACUAUUCCAAAUUUAGUAUUCGCAUCACAAUUAUUUAUUAUAAUGCUAUUAGGAUUUCGAACUCAUUUUAGAUUCAACAAAUUAAUUAAAAUAUCAUCAACUCAAAAUCAAAAAGACUCACCACACAUUAUUGCAAAAAUUAGAUAUUUUAUUGAUAUGAAUAAAGUGUUGACAUUAUCUUUGUUUGUGAUGAGUGUAAGUCUUUUAGUGUUGACCAUUGAUAAUAUCACUUCUACCAAACCUAUUAAUAAUAGUAAAGUUGCAAGUGACUUGUUAGUAGCUCAUGUCAAUAUAGCAUCAAUAAUUGAAUGGUUGGUUUUAAUAUUCAUUUUUUAUCCUCGUAAAGGAUUUAUUGGUACAGUCUCUAGUGGGAGCACGUAUCAUACAGCAGCUACCGUCUCGAAUUUGAAUAAACCAGUUUCACCUAUUUCAUCUCCUGAAAUUAUUCAUAUUACUGGAUCUGGAAUAGGAAUGUCUCGAACACCUCAUGAUUCUUAUAUUGCUCAAAGUCAAGAAAAGAAUUUAAAUAAAUCCGGUGCAUCUAGUUCAACAUUAUCUGAAGUCACUAUACCUUCUUCUAUACCUCCUCCUACUUCACCUCCUCCUACUAUACCUCCCCCUAAUCCUCCUACUACUCUAUCUCCUACUACUAUACCUCCUACUACUAUACCUCCUACUACUAUACCUCCUACUACUAUACCUCCUACUACUAUACCUCCUACUAUACCUCCUACUAUACCUCCUACUAUACCUCCUACUGUACCUCCUAUUAUACCUUUACUGAAACGAAAUAUUUCAAUAUCAAGAGAUGGAAAAAUGAUUUAUGGAGAAACUAAACCUUUGGGUAAAGUAGAAGAACGAAUACUUGUACUUCAACGACAACAUGAUGAAUAUAAUGCAUUAAGAUUGGCAACCCAAUCAAGAGGUCCAUCGAUGGAUACGGAAAGAAGUAAUUCCAAUAAUGGAAUUUAUGGUAAUAAUGGAUUAAAUGGUAGUGGAAUGAAUUUAUCAAUUGCUGCAUCAUCAAUAAUGGAAAAAUCUCAACAAAAAAUUCCUUCAACGACAUCUACCACCACAAAUACUCAAAGGAAUUCAAGGAUUUCCAUUAAUUCUAGUAAUCGAAGUUUUGGUAAUAAUAAAAAUUCCAAUAGAAAUUCUAGUAAUUCGGCAUCAACGAAGAUUGUUUUUCGUUGA